UGGUCAUGUGCUCCUAUAAAAAUUGGGUCGUAUCAAAAUCCAAAUGUUGGAGCGAUGGCGUAUUGCUACGGUGCAAACGUGCUCUUUCCUUGUCACUCCUUUUCUUCCUCACCCAUUCUUCAUCUCUUUCCCACUCCAUUAGCUUACCGGCCGUUCAGUUACGAUGCGCCGCCGGCGAAGAUUAAGCGGCGGCUUUCUUUUUCUCCUGCAGCUGCGCUGCCUUUCGACCUUUCUCCGCCUCCCAUUGACCAUGACCUCCUCGAUACUAUGACGGUUGCUGGGGCCAAGGUAUCAGAAGAUGGGGCAAUAGGAACAUUCGAUAAUGACGAGGAGGCACUAGAUGCUGUUGAAAAUGGUGUCGCGGUUGUGGAUCUUUCUCACUACGGCAGGAUAAGAGUUAGUGGAGAAGACAGGGUUCAGUUUCUUCACAACCAAAGUACUGCUAACUUUGAAAUUCUUCAUGAAGGGCAGGGAUGUGACACUGUUUUUGUGACACCAACUGCCAGAACCAUCGAUAUUGCCCACGCCUGGAUUAUGAAAACUGCAAUUACAUUGGUGGUCUCUCCAGUGACCAAGGAAAGAAUAACUGAAAUGCUUAAGAAGUACAUAUUCUUUGCAGACAAAGUUGAAAUUCAAGAUAUUACCGGACAAACAUCCUUGUUCGUACUAAUAGGGCCUAGAAGCAACCAAAUAAUGGAAGCUCUGAAUCUUGCUGACAUAGUUGGACAACCGUAUGGCUCACAUAAGCAUUACAGUGUAAAUGGAAUGCCAAUAACUGUGGGAGUGGGAAAUAUCAUCUCUGAAGAAGGUUACUCUCUACUGAUGUCUCCAGCUGCUGCUGAAUCGGUCUGGAAAGCUCUUCUAGGUCAUGGGGCCAUCCCAAUGGGUUCUAAUGCAUGGGAAACUUUAAGGAUACUUCAAGGAAGACCAGCUCCUGGGAAAGAGCUCACUGAUGAGUUUAAUGUUCUGGAGGCUAAUCUGUGGAAUGCUGUUUCUCUAAAUAAAGGGUGCUAUAAGGGCCAAGAAACCAUUUCUAGGCUUGUAACUUACGAUGGCAUCAAACAGAGGCUGUGGGGAAUACGUGUAUCAUCGCCAGUGGAACCUGGCAGCAUCAUCUCAGUCGACGGGAAAAAGGUUGGCAAGGUGACUAGUUUCACAAUUGGUAAAGGAGCAUCUCAGCCCCUAGGACUUGGCUAUAUUAAGAGGAAAGCUGCUUCUGAGGGGGACACUGUAAUUAUUGGUGAUGAUGUUGUGGGUACAGUGGUGGAAGUGCCUUUUCUCGCUCGUCAAAUUCCUCCAUCCUAGAGCUAGUCUCUGUUGUCUGUAUCAGCAAAUGUAGCAUAUGUGAUGGCUCUGUCAUAACUUACCCUGGCCUCCAGAGAAGGCUUAUACAUGUGUUAGCACUUAGCACAUCGACAGUAUGACAUCUGCUAUCUAAUUUGAGUGCUUGUCCCAUUAGUGGCAAAGCUAGAUGAUGCGCCCUUUCCCCCUCCAGAAGAAAGGAUAUCUCAUGCCAGGGGGCUUUAUGACAACAGAUUCAGAUGUAAUAAAAGAUACCUUGUGAUUAUUUUAAUCAUAAGCCAAUACUUGUUAUUUACUAGGAUUUGCCUCGCUUGAACAUAACUGAUAUUGUAGGAGAGCUAUUGGGGGCUAAUCAACCUUGAGUUCAACCAAUCAUUUCUCCUUAAACUAAACAUAAGUUUCUGCA